AUGCUUCAGGAGUACAUUAGCUACGGCUUCCUCAAGAGGAACUGCUGUCAUUUCGCCGAUGACUUGAGCCGGCUACAAGUGUGGUGGGAUCAGCCUGACCUCCGGGCAGGAGAUCAGGCUGGGUCUCUUUGCGGCUAUCGACCGCCGCCGUAUGGUUGGAGGACGACGAGGAGGGCGAUGAGUGAAGAAACCGCCAGACAUACGUUUCCUGCGAGCGAUCGUCAGGUCAUGAGGCAAGUGAAGCAAGUGGAGCUGCAACGAUGCAGACAGUCCACGCACAGCUGUUGUGGCCGCCGUGGGCGAACAGUUCAGCACCGCUAG